UUACCGUUCCAACAAUGCAUGCCCUGAGGUUCGUCCAUGUGUUGCUGCUGUCGGUAGCUGUUCAGUCUAAAGGGUUAAUGUUCCAGCCUCUGGACUGUGCUGACAUCUACAACGACGGAGCCAAGACCAGUGGUGUCUACAGGAUCUACCCUGCUGGACCCAACUCGCCUCGAUACGUCUACUGUGAUAUGGACACCGACGGAGGGAAAUGGACUGUGUUUCAGAGGAGGAUGGAUGGAACAGUGAACUUCUACAGAGGAUGGGACCAGUACAAGAACGGCUUUGGACAUGCAGCAGGAGAGUACUGGCUGGGUCUGGACACCAUCUACCUCCUGACCCUGAAAAAGACCUACGAGUUGAGGGUGGACAUGGAGGACUUUGAAGGACAGAAAGCCUACGCUUUCUACUCCUCCUUCGCCAUCUCUCCCGAAGUCACAGAUCCUGAACUGGACGGCUACAAACUACAGGUUACUGGCUUUAAAGAUGGAGGAGCAGGGGACUCUCUCACCUAUCACAGCGGUAUGAAGUUCUCCACCUUCGACCGAGACCAGGACACCCAUGAGAACAACUGUGCAGUCGACGUAGUCGCAGGUUAUUGGUUCAAAAAUUGUUACUUGUCAAACCCCAACGGUCUUUAUACAUGGGGACUGAACUCACAGAUGGGACUCAACUGGAUAGGAUGGAAGACCUUCUACUCUGUGAAAGCCAUAUCCAUGAAGAUUAGGCCUGUGAACCUGUGAAGGGUCCUUCACAAAGGUCCUUUAGUUAAACAUGGUUAUUUGAACUGCAGAUUGCUCCCUUUAAAAAUGCUAGA